GCUUGCCCCUGACUACCCAGUCAGUCACUUCAUACUUGCCUCCACCUCAGCUUCUGCAGACAUGUCCAGCCUCCAGGAACUGUGCUCUGGUCUGCCCCUACGACCCCUUCCUGAGAACCGGGGUCGCUGGGCCGGGGUGCCACAUGCUCCGGUUAGAACUCCCGACCUCAGCCCUGAAGAAGAGCAGCUGGCCCUGAGGAAUGCCUUGCGCUAUUUCCCACCUGAUGUCCAAAAACUGUUGGCCCUGGAGUUUGCCCAGGAGCUACGACAGUUUGGGCACAUCUACAUGUACCGGUUCUGCCCCAGCAUUGAGAUGAGGGCCUACCCNAUUGAUCAGUACCCAUGCCGGACACGGGCAGCUGCAGCCAUCAUGCACAUGAUCAUGAACAACCUGGACCCUGCUGUGGCCCAGUUUCCACAGGAGCUGGUGACCUAUGGAGGCAACGGGCAAGUGUUCAGCAACUGGGCCCAGUUCUGGCUGACCAUGUCCUACCUGUCGAAGAUGACUGAGGAACAGACUCUGGUCAUGUACAGUGGACACCCUCUGGGCCUCUUCCCCAGCAGCCCCCGUGCCCCACGGCUGGUCAUCACUAACGGGAUGGUCAUUCCCAACUACUCCUCCAGGACAGAGUAUGAGAAGCUGUUUGCCUUGGGGGUGACCAUGUAUGGCCAGAUGACAGCGGGCAGCUACUGCUACAUUGGUCCCCAGGGAAUCGUCCAUGGCACAGUGCUCACUGUGCUGAAUGCUGGUCGUCGGUACCUGGGCAUAGAGGACUUGGCAGGGAAGGUCUUUGUCACCUCUGGACUUGGCGGGAUGAGUGGGGCUCAAGCCAAGGCAGCAGCCAUCGUUGGAUGCAUUGGGGUGAUUGCAGAGGUGGACAAAGCUGCACUUGUAAAACGCCACCGGCAAGGCUGGCUGAUGGAGGUGACUGACAGCUUGGACCACUGCAUUGCAAGACUCAGGGAAGCAAGGAAAAAGAAGGAGGUUCUCAGCCUCGGCUACCAUGGCAACGUGGUAGAUCUUUGGGAACGCCUUGUCCGUGAACUGGACACAACAGGGGAACUCUUGGUGGAUCUCGGGUCAGACCAGACAUCCUGUCACAACCCAUUCAAUGGUGGCUACUACCCUGUACAGCUCAGCUUCUCAGAGGCCCAGAGCCUCAUGUCCUCCAACCCUGCUGCCUUCAAGCACCUGGUGCAGGAAAGCCUGAGGAGGCAUGUCUCAGCCAUCAACAGGUUGGCCCAAGAGAAGUUCUUCUUCUGGGACUAUGGUAANGCCUUCCUCUUGGAGGCUCAGAGAGCAGGAGCAGAUGUAGAGAAGAAAGGAGCCAACAAGAUGGAGUUCCGCUACCCCUCCUAUGUCCAGCACAUUAUGGGGCCCCUUACUCCAGGAGCUGGGGAGAGAGUCAUUGAGCAAUGGCCUUUGUUUUCCUAUGCAUGUCAGGAGCACUUCUCAUUUACUUCAGCUGCCUUCUUGAAGGCAUCUGUGAAGCUUCANUAUAUGGAUAAUAUACGCUGGAUCCGAGAGGCUGCCAAGCAUCAGCUGGUGGUGGGCUCCCAGGCAAGGAUCCUGUACUCAGACCAGAAAGGCCGUGUGGCCAUUGCUGUGGCCAUUAACCAGGCCAUCGCCAGUGGGAAGAUCAAGGCACCAGUGGUCCUGAGCCGUGACCACCAUGAUGUGAGUGGCACUGACAGCCCCUUCAGGGAGACUUCGAAUAUUUAUGACGGUUCUGCCUUCUGCGCAGACAUGGCCGUGCAGAACUUCGUGGGAGAUGCCUGUCGUGGUGCCACCUGGGUUGCACUUCACAAUGGAGGGGGUGUAGGCUGGGGUGAGGUCAUCAAUGGGGGAUUUGGCCUUGUUCUAGAUGGAACUGCAGAGGCUGAGCAGAAAGCCAGGAUGAUGCUCAGCUGGGAUGUCUCCAAUGGUGUGGCACGACGCUGCUGGUCUGGAAACCCCAAGGCCUAUGAGAUCAUCUGCCAGACAAUGCAGGAGAACAGUGGCCUGGUGGUGACGCUUCCCCAUGAGGUGGCAGAUGAACAAGUGCUACAGCAGGCCCUGCGGCCCUGAGAAGAGCGAGGGUCCUCUUGAUCCCCUCCUUCCCCUCAUCACCUUCNGAGGGGAGGGUGAUGAGCUGCCCUCCCCUCGCAGCUCAUCACCCUCNCCCACCCCACUGCAUCCCUGCAUGGCACUCUUCGUGUCCCACAUAGUAAACCACAGAGGCCUAUCAAGGUGAAGGCGCUUGUCUUUGACCACUGGUUUGAGGGCAGGGUACAUCUUGUUCACGAACAGGCCUGUAAGAGUAGACUCCAGCUUGGAUAGGAAGGAACCUUGAAUGCUGGCCAAGCUGGCACCUGCUUCACAAUAGUCUCUGUGACUUCUAAAUGUGCUGUUCAGUCUCCUAUCUACUACUGUCCANGCACUGUUACCCAGCCGUCCCUUGUCUAUGUCAUCCAUCACUUCCNGUUCCUCAGAGAACCUGGCAUUCUCUCAUGGGUUCACAAAGUGCUCACACCAAGUCCUUGCUGCUGAGGAGUAUGGGGGAAGAUAGACAGGAAAUAAAGACUAGAGUAGAGCCAAACACAUGGCACAGACUGGGCUAGAAAGAGUGGAUAACAGAGUCUCUGAGGCAAAGUGGCCAGGUGCUGCUGCAACAUGUGGAGAAAAGACAAUUGUGUGACCAUGAAAAACAGAACCAACAACUCCAGAGGUCCCUGGGUGGAUCUGGAAUCCUGCAGGAGUUGCAUUAGCCGUAAGCUGGGUUCUUAUACCUUUCCCAUGGCCUGCAAUCCAACCAGACCUACACCAGCCUUGCCUCUGAAGCAGGACACCUAGCAAGAAAGUUGGGUAGCUGUACUUCCUCCCCCUCCCCCUGGAAGUUACCACUACUUUAUAAUGCCUCCUAUCCCCCAAUACCCAUCUUUUAGGCCCCUUCCCACUACCAUGCCCUGUGCCCUCUUUUCAAUCUUCAUCAGGCCAACUCUCCUGCUGUGUUGUCCCCUAAACUGAGGCAGGGCUAAGAGGCAGUUAACUUACAAAGAGAAAAGGGUUUUUUUUUUUUUUUUUUUUUUGGCUGACCAUUCUGGAUGUUCCCACCCAAGAUAAGGAAGUCGUGUUGCUUUGAGCCUCUGGCAACAAUGCCAAGUGGCAAUGGCAGGGAGCACAUGGCAGAGCAAAAUCACACUAUGAGCCAGGAAGAAAGAAGAGAUGCUUGGACCCAAGUCCUCCAAUCCCUCAAGGGUGUGUUCCAGUAGCCUAAAGCCCUCCCCCUAGCUCCACUUUUAAAGGUCCCCUAACCUCCCUUCACAGCUUUGGAAUAAGCCUUUAGCCCAUCUGCAGCCAUAGUAGAGGUCAAAAUCGGCUUUCUGGCAUUUUGGUCUAUGUUUCUUGCGUUAAAUAAAGAUUUUCCUAAAUCAAAAA